GUCAUGGCGAGUGGAUGGUGGUGCUGGUGUGGAGAGAAGCCCUGGGUACCACUAACUGAGGGAGUGAGGACAGAAGUGCUAGCUUCUAGCAGACUGCAGGUUGUGACCUUGUCCCAAGCUGGUGAUAAAUCCACUCUAGACUUUCAGUCUGGUGAAGCUUCCAGAUUCUGGAAAACAUGACCCUUGCUGCCUACAAAGAAAAGAUGAAGGAACUCCCACUGGUGUCCUUAUUCUGCUCCUGCUUCCUGGCAGACCCCUUGAACAAGUCCUCCUACAUGUAUGAAGGCUGGUGUGGGAGACAGUGUAGGAGAAAAGACCAAAGCCAGCGGAAAGACAGUGCUGACUGGAGAGAAAGAAGAGAGCAGGCAGAUACCGUGGACCUGAACUGGUGCGUCAUUUCUGACAUGGAAGUGAUUGAGCUGAACAAAUGCACCUCGGGCCAGUCCUUUGAAGUCAUUCUGAAGCCUCCCUCCUUUGAUGGUGUGCCCGAGUUCAAUGCCUCCCUCCCCAGGCGGCGAGACCCAUCACUGGAAGAGAUCCAGAAGAAACUAGAAGCUGCUGAGGAGCGAAGAAAGUACCAGGAAGCUGAGCUCUUGAAGCACCUGGCAGAGAAACGAGAACAUGAGCGAGAAGUCAUCCAAAAAGCCAUUGAAGAGAACAACAACUUCAUCAAGAUGGCCAAAGAGAAACUGGCGCAGAAGAUGGAAUCUAAUAAGGAGAACCGAGAGGCCCACCUGGCUGCCAUGUUGGAGCGACUGCAAGAAAAGGAGCCGCCUGCUGCGCGGUGACUCCCGGGACCCGAUCGGUGGCCUCGUCCCAUGGACAAGCACGCGGAGGAGGUGCGGAAAAACAAGGAGCUGAAGGAAGAGGCCUCUAGGUAAAUCCCUGAGGCCGAAGAAGUUUCCAGAACAGCCGGACAGCUCCAGCAGCUCCGCAGUUCCGAGGCAGCCUCGCCCACCGCUGGCUGCUCUCCCAGCACUGGGGUUUGGGGGGAGGGGGGUGGCCAAGGGCGUUUUCUCUGCUUUGGGUGUGUGUACAUGUAAAGAAUUGACCAGUGAAGCCAUCCUAUUUGUUUCUGGGGACAGUGAUGGGGUGGGAGAGGGGAGAGAAGGAGUCUGGGAAAGAAAGAUGAAGGACGAGAACUCCUGGACAUGCAACUCUGUCCACCACAGACUCAGGUCCAGUCCUUGGCUUUUCCUCAACAUUAGCACACAGGCACCAAGAUGGGGACAGUUCGAAGCAAGCAACAGCAGUUGCCAAUCAAAGGCAGAGCCCCAGGUGGAGCAUGGUGCCAGUGUGGCUGAGAAGAAGCCCAAUGAGAGGGUGUGGGAGGCCCAGGGGAUGCUUCCACACUGAGCAAGUGUGAAGUCUGAGUGUGUGUGUUCAGCAUCAUCUUUUGAUCAUCAUGACCAAUGAAAUAUUUA